AGAGUCUAAAAUCGAUUCUUUUUGACAUCUUCGUAGGACUGUGUAUUGACCUUAACUUGAUUAGAUUCUGAAAUGUCAUGAGCCCGACCUUGAAUCAAAAUCAAAAUAUUGAUGGGAGUGAUAACUGAUUCAUUUAAUUUCGUUUAGGAUUUUCAUGCUAAAAAGCAGUAGUGUGACUUUUAUGUAAUUUCUCCCAGUUCAAUUCUAAAGUGACCAUGAAAGAUUUGAGGGUUUUUGUAAUAUUUGUAGUUUUUGCGGAUUAUGCAGCUUCAUCACCCUUUUGGGGGUCUGAUCAGUGUGUGAAUAUUUGUAAGAGAACUACUUUACCAGCAUUGGAUUUGGAUUACUAUGAACAAGUGGUUUGCCAAAGAGGUUGCAAGUUUUUCAAUAUAAUAAAACUGAAAGAUGACUCAAAAAUCAACACAACAAAAAAGGAAUGUUUCAUUUCUUGUGAAGAGACUUACAUUGUGAAAGAGGAAAACAACAUUUGCAAGACGGGCUGCAGCAUUAUGGCAAAAGAGCAAGAGAAUUUGGUGUCAACGUUGAUCCUGGAGACGGAGAACAGCAUCGUUCUAGCAAGUCCUGAACGUGAAAUCGAGUUUGACCUGUUCUCAGAUCCCAGUAUCAGGAAUCAGCUGGAAAUAGGUUUCAACGUGGACUAUAAAAUACCCGAAACACACAUAAGAACCAUGCCUAUAGAGAUAACGGAGGAAGAAAUACGAGUUAAGGAAUCAGGUGACUGGUUGGACUGUGCAUCUCGCAACUCAGGUAUCCCCAGGUGGAUAUUGCUAUCGGCUAUUCUAUCUGCCGUGUUGAUAGCUCUGUGGCUAAGUUUCUCCUCUGAGAAACGGAACAGUACCGAAGAGGAAAUCUCUGAAAUUGAUAUACCCGACGAUAAGCUAAUCUUAGAACAUGAUGAUUCUCCAGAGAAAGACCCUUGUUUGCUAGAGCAGGGACCUGUUCUCUUCGUGGAGAACAUUAAUUAUCAACCCGAGGCGCCUCCUAAGUAUACUUUGGAGAACGAUAAAGUAUAAGUUUUCAGGAAGCAAUUUUUGGUUGACGUCGUUAUUGCAUUUUUUUGUUGUUACACUUUGUCGGACAAGACAAUAUUGAAUUGAUUGCAACUAUUGGGACAAUUUGAAACCAUGAUUACUUCGUCUCUCGAAUUUUUGUAAAAUUGCCCUGUUAUUGUGAUGUAAGUGUUGUAAUUAUCAAAAUACUUUUUCCAAGCGAUUCUUGCAAAUUCGAAUUGUGAGGAUGUGUUUAUCCUUCAGGAGUAUCUUAUCAUGUUCAGAAUAUUUUUUUUGAGGACCAGAUUCACCUUUAUAUAGGUACCCAUUUUGUCUAGUAAUUUAAUUUGGUUUCUCAAUUUUUCUUUACCAGCCCAGAUAAGACAUCCAUAAUUGAAGUCUCCAGGAAUUUCUACUCCAACAAAAUCAAUUAUUUUAGGCACUUUCUAUUAUACGCGUUUUUGUUCAGGUCUGUUUUCUCUAAACUUUGAUUUCACCAUUUUUUUUAAAUGAAUGGCUGUUUCAACAGGGAUUUUCUUCAGUUAUGUUGGUUAUACUGAAUAUGUCAGAAUUGAAUGUAGUGUUGCCAAACUGAGUUCCAGUUGUUGUAAUUCUCAAAACCGGUUUUGGGGGAACCACCAAUUUGUUUGAGAUAUCUGAAAUUAAACGAGGUUUGGAGUUGUUUUUUAAAAUAUUCGGCAAGAUGUUAUUAAAGAUGAAUGACAAAGGUACCUUAGUGCAUUUAAGUUUUUUUGAAUAUGUGAAUUGAUAUUGUAGAUAUUGAUAAAGUUACGUCCCUGAAGCAGUCGACUAUUGCCAGACAACAGAACAUGAAUUUUCAAGAGUUGAAAUUCUUAGAAACGGAAUAAGUGUAGUAUUUCAAUGGAACCUUGAAGGUAUAAAUUAUACACUCGACUCUUAUUGAAAAAUACUCAGUUUUUCAUUUUCACAUCAUUUGGAAUUCGUCACUUCCCACUGUUUUAAGUGUCCACGAUGGGACUUGCAUCUCCGGGAGCAAAAAUUUUGUUUUAGCAUCGAGUCAUUGAUAUUUGUUUGGUUGUACAAACUGGUGGAGUUAUUAAUCAAGUUUUCACGCCUUGUGAUACUGUUACAUGAUCUCAGUGUAUGUUUCGUUACUUACUGUUUUUGUCACUUAUAUGUAUUUGUUGUAUGUAUAGUGUGUAAGACAAGGAAUAUAAUCUUUUUGCUGAAA